AAUUUUUGUUGUUCGAAAACACGUCCUGAAGAUAGGCUUUUAAGCCUUAGUCCCUAAAUUGGAAAUUUGCUUUUUAGUCCUGUCCUUAGGUUUUGCUGUUGCCAACAUGGAGAAACGUGGCCCAACACCACAACUCAAGAAUUAUUUCAAUGCAAACACAGUGUUAAAACUAAGUCUACUUAUGAAGAAUAUUGACAAUGAACUCACCGAGGAACCCGUCGGUCGUUUAUAUUUGGAACGAAAGAAAAAAAUGCAACAGCAAAUCUCACUUUCACAAAUGAAAGCUCAACAGCAAUUAAAACUUAUUGGACCUCCAAAAGAAGUGGAUUCAGUGAAGCGUGCUUUUAUUUACCGAGAAAGAGUAAAUGCUGCAUGUCAAAACCGUCAUGUAUUCUACACAGAUUGCAAUACUGUCUUGAGUGCAGCACUACAAAGACGUGGUUGGUUAGGAAAAUUAGCUUAUUAUGAAUUCAAGCCACUACAGAAUCUAAGCAAUGAAGUACUUUUAAGGUAUGCCAAACCAGGAAAUGAUCAUGAAAAAGUAUAUAUAUCAAGACUCUUAAGAGACAGUCCAGCUUCCUUCGUGUGGCACUUCCAAUACAAUUUGAAUAUGAAUAUCAGUGACAAUGCUUACAUAAAUCAUAUCGGCCGUGGUUAUAAUUUAGAUUUUUCAACAAAAAUCGGUUUGAUUGGUUGUUCUGAACAAGAGAUAUGGUUUCGCAAUGACAAAGGUUGUGGCAUGCAUCAUCCCCGUUUCUAUCGACUUGGAAGUAACGCCUCAGAGCAUGUGCACUUUGUUGAGGAUUACCACCGUACGCAGUGUCGUGCUUUCAUACACUAUCUUUGGAAUAAUUUAAAAAAUUGUAAUCUGAUAUGUGAUGAACAUUGUGGUCAAGUACCAGCAGGUAUUGUUACAUUUGCAAUAGAAAAUGUUAAGAGGCAAAAAGCGGAGUUUGAAUACCUUAGUUUGGCGGGAGGAGGCAAUGCGCCACUAUAUCACGGAGACUCAUGGUGGAGAUAUUUUACAACUUCUUCUAAUAGUGUUAUUUAUAAAAAAGCCAAAAUAGCCAUGAGUUCCGCAGAUUUAGUGCCAAAAAUCAAAGUUGCUAAAAAGUAUUUGGAAAAUUUAGAAAGAAAAUGUCCAGAUUUUAAAUGGGAUGGAUGCCGAAAUUUAUGGAUACUUAAACCGGGUUAUGAAUGCCGUGGUAAUGGUAUUGUAUUGAAAAAAUAUUUAGGUGACAUUUUAAGUCAUGCAAAUCUGAACAGUGAUAACAAUUUUGUCGUGCAAAAAUAUAUAGAGCGACCUUUACUGAUUUAUAAAACCAAAUUCGAUAUACGUAUUUACAUGCUGCUUACCAUCGAAAAUGAUAUACUCACUAUUUGGCUUUACAAUGAUUGUUAUCUACGUUUUAGUUCACAGAUAUUCAAUAUGGAUGUUCUGAACCAAGCAGUCCAUAUUACGAAUAAUGCAGUCCAAAGAAAUUAUAAGAAUUAUGAAAACCGAGAUUUACGACUCCCCAAAAACAAUAUGUGGUCUUUGUCUCAAUUUAACAACUAUUUGAGGGACGAUCUUAAUUCUAAAAACGUCUGGGAUGAAAAAGUAUUACCUGGUAUAAAAUCGAAUUUAAUUACAACCAUCAAAACCGGUUUAGAAGAAUUUAACUUUGUUAAUAAGACAUUUGAAUUGUUCGGCUGUGAUUUCAUGUUAGACAACAAAUACAAUCCAAUACUUAUUGAGGUAAAUACGAAUCCUGAUUUAACACCUUCUACAGUUGUCACGGAACGUUUAUGUCCAAUGGUAUUAAAGGAUUUGCUUAGGGUUGUUCUUGAUUUACCAUUAAACUGCAGGGCUUAUACAGGUCUUUUUCAAGCAAUUUCACAUAUCGACUGUAAUGUAAAUAGAAGUCGACCAACAAAUGAAAUUCUGGAAGUAAUAAGCGGACAUAAAUUAAAAAUAAGCAAAUCUGAACAAAAAAAACACGAAACUAAUUCCUUACCCACAAAACCUAAAUCAGCAUUGGCCAAUAAAAAAACUGCAAAUGAAAAAGUAAAAAAUAAUACUACAAAAAAACCGCAAAAUACAAGUGCCGGUGCCGGACCACGAAACCCAAAAUCAAAGGAGACUAAAAAGCAAAUGACGACUAGUAAGCCAAUUACAUCAAAACCUAGUAAAAGAUAGGGAUUAAAGCUAAAUAGCUCAUAGAGUAAAAUUGUCCACAAAAUUUUAGUAAUAGAUAAAAAUAAAUCUUAUCUACAUUAUAAUUUAUAGCUUAGCUUAGUAAUAUUUUGCUUUUAGAAAAGAUGUUGAAGAACUAUUGAAUACUACUUUAUUAGCACAAAUUAUUGACCUCAGUUAUAUGUUAUAAUGUUGAU